AUGGAUGAUGGAACUUGUAUUGUUCAAGAAUCAAGUGACAUGUCUAUUUCAAGCGACGAUGAUGGCAUUAAGCAGCAGAAGAAAAGCAAUGUGGAAGUUGAACAUGACCUUGGUGAAGCCCAACCAGAUGUGUCACUUGGAGAUCCUGAACUGGGGAUGACCUUUGGUAAUGAGAAUGAGGUGCGAGAGUAUUAUACCCAGUAUGCUAAAGCAAAAGGCUUUGGUGUGACGAGAAGAAGUUCAAACAGUGAUGAUAAUGGACAAUUGAGGUACCUUACACUUUCCUGCAGCCGUCAUGGUAAGACUCAGUCCAACUCAAGAAAUAUGUUGAAGCCAAAUCCAUCAGCCGGGUUAGGAUGCAAAGCUAAAAUUAAUGUUACUCGUGGUCCUGAUGGGAAGUUGUACCUUUCGAAGGUCAUAUUGGAUCAUAAUCAUGCAUUAAGUCCACUAAAAUCUCGGUUAUUUAGAUGCAACAAAAGGUUAGACUACCAUGUUAAGCGAAAGCUUGAGUUGAAUGACAGAGCCGGAAUUCGGGUAAACAAGAACUUCAAUUCUUUUGUUGUGGCAGCAGAUGGUCAUCAUAACCUAACUUUUGGUGAGAAAGAUUCUCGUAAUUUUCUAGAGAAAAUAAGGAGGCUGAAACUUGGCAGUGGUGAUGCUGAAGCGGUUCGUGACUACUUUAUUAAAAUGCAAUCCGACAACCCAAACUUUUUUAGUGUAAUGGAUGUUGAUGAUGAAUCCCGACUUAGGAAUGUAUUUUGGGCUGAUGCCAGAAGUAGGGCAGUGUAUGACUCUUUUCAUGAUGUCAUUACUUUUGAUACGACAUAUUUGAUGAACAAAUAUGAUAUGCCGUUUGCUUGUUUUGUCGGAGUGAAUCAUCAUGGCCAAUCAGUUUUGCUAGGAUGUGCUUUAUUAUCAAAUGAAGAUACUGGAACAUUUGUUUGGUUAUUUCAAGCAUGGCUCACAUGUAUGUCAAAUCGUCAACCAAAAGCAAUUGUCACGGAUCAAGCAAAAGCAAUUCAGAAUGGUGUGGAAGUAGUUUUUCCGGAAUCUCGAUACAGAUGGUGCUUGUGGCACAUAAUGAAAAAGAUACCCGAGAAGCUAGGUGGGUAUGAUGAAUAUGAUCGCAUCAAGGUUGCUGUUGGCAAUGCGGUCUAUGAUUCAUUAACAGUUGCAGAGUUUGAAGUUGCUUGGAUGCAUAUGAUUGAGAAGUAUGAUCUUGGUGAUAAUGAAUGGCUUAAAGGGCUUUACAACUAUCGACACCGUUGGGUUCCAGCAUUUGUGAAAGAUGCCUUUUGGGCAGGUAUGUCUACUACACAACGUAGUGAGAGUAUGAAUGCCUUCUUUGAUGGAUAUGUUAAUGCA